CGAUGAUAGCGUCACCAGAGCCGGCGGGUACCUUCCGUUGCUUGGGGCUUCGCUCCUAGCUGGGGCUCCUCACUAUCUGGCCUGAAGACUCCUCCGUCGGCCACAAAGUGGUCGAGCCAUCGCAAUGGCUAUUUGUCAGUUCUUCCUUCAAGGUCGUUGCCGCUUUGGAGACCGCUGCUGGAAUGAACAUCCAGGUGCUAGGGGUACUGGCGGGGGACGACAGCAACAGUCCUCAGCUAUCAAGGUAUCAGGAAUUGCGGAUCCAGUUCACCAUUCCCAAGUGAAACCUUGGGAGGGACAAGCCCCUUCUGAGACCACAUCAUCCUGGAAAAGCCAAACUCUGGGAGAUUUGAAAUUUCGAUUCACAAGAAUUUCAGUUAAUAAUAGGGGUGAAGGAAAUGCAUCCAGCCAGAAAUACUCCAGCAUCAUCCAGCCAUCCAGUUUCUCCAAAUCCACACCAUGGGGAGGCAGUAGAGAUCAAGAAAAGCCAUCUUUCACUUCUUUUGAUUCUAAAGCCUCAACUACCAGGAAUACAGGUUUUGGAUUAUCUCAGAACCCAUUUGCUUCAUCCAGCUCUGAAGAUCAGAAAGAUGAAAAGAAGCUUCUCGAAGGAAUCAUAAAAGAUAUGGAGAUUUGGGAAUCAUCAGGGCAGUGGAAGUUUUCUGUUUAUUCACCAGUGAAAAAGAAGCCUAGUAUUUCAGGUUUUACAGAUAUUUCACCAGAAGAGUUGAGGCUUGAAUACCAUAACUUCUUAACCAGCAAUAACUUACAGAGUUAUCUAAAUUCUGUCCAACAGCUUAUAAAUCAAUGGAGGAAUAGAAUAAAUGAACUGAAGAAUCUAAAUACCUCAACUAAAAUAGCUUUGCUCUCCGAUUUAAAGGAUGAAACAAAUCAUGCAGCACCUACAUUUGGAUUUGGAAGUAGACAAGCAGGAACAUUCGGGUCACCAGGUUUUCCAGUGAGUGACAGCAAAAGUGCUCGUGCUCCGAAUUUUAGCUUUAAAAUGAACCCUGGAAUCGCCACUGCCGCUGCUGGAGGCCCUUCCGUGUUUGGGGCCGCUCCAGCCUUUGGGGCUGGACCCUCUGCUAGUUCUGCCAGUUCUACUUCGGCUCCGAAUUUUGGAUUUGGGAAACCUGAAAUCACUUCUGCCGCCUCAUUUUCAUUUAAAAGCCCUGCAGCCUCCAGUUUUGGAUCACCUGGAUUUUCAGGAUUUCCAUCUGCUGUGGGAGCAGGGCCUUUUGGAGCUCCAGUGGCCCCAGCUUUUGGAAGUGGCAGCUCUGUGACGGGUUUUGGUAGUUCUGGCUCACAUUCUCACACUGCUUUCUCUAAGCCAGCUAAUGACACCUUUAGAGCCACCGCUCUCCCAGCCUCCAGUGUCGUCGCGACAACAGAUAGUAUGUUAUUCACACCCAAGGAUCAACUAACAGCGGAAGAACUGGAACAAUUUCAAUCCAAGAAAUUUAUUCUGGGAAAAAUUCCAUUAAAACCACCACCUAUGGAGCUUCUAAAUAUCUAAAGGAGCAAUUUUAACUAUAGAAAAGAAUAAAGAAAUUGAGGGUCUUUUUGGAUUCUUUUUUUUGCGGUGUUAAGGAUCAUCCCUGACUCUACCACUAAGCUAUGCCAGCCUCGAGAAUGGCUUUUGAAAUUGUCUUUCGUGGUUUAUAUAAAAGAAGAUACAGUUAGAAACAGAGAUGUAGAUGGAUGUGUGUAUGUGUGUGUGUGUGUGUAUAGAAGCGUUCAAUAACAUUUGAGACUAUUGAAAGUUUAGCUCUUUGAGCCUAAUUACAUAAGCAUAAUAAAAUACAACUUCAAGAGAAUUUUUGAACUGUAAUUACUGAUGGAACUAAAAUAAUUUGUAUGUAUUGGAUAAAAUAAUUUUCUUAUUGUAUAUCACUUUACUGUUUUGAAACUAAAAAAUUUGUACUGAAUAAAUUAUUUCUUCAUUUUA